AGUCGGCGCAGUAACUACGACAGUGUCGGAGUCGGCCGUACUGCAUACGUCACAGAGCGGGACAUCCCACUGCGCCACCGGCGCGCCGGGAUCUCUGGUAAACAUAGCACGGCCGUACAGAGACGGGGCUCGGCGCCGCUCAGUCCAGAGCGGCCGACCGGGCGGAAAGGCCCACCGGCUACCGGUGCAGUCGCACACGGCAGCUCGCAGCUGUGAAAGGUACCGCUGCCGACGGACCAGAACCACUGCCGACCGAACUGUCCGGGCCCUAUCAGUCGGCCAGGAUGCAGCUCGGCGGCACCCUCACCGCCGCGAGGUCAGCACUACCCCUGCUGGUCCUGGCGGCACUUCUCUGUACGCACGCGGCCGCCAGGGAUCUCGGCAAGACAGACAGCCUGAAGGACGCUAUCCACACGGCAGUCAGCGACGCCGUCCGGAAACACUGCGUUCCAGAGAAGCAGCCGUCCGACGGAGCCCGGUGCGUGGCCGAGUGCCCGGAGCAGUUCACCGCCUGCGCCGGCCGCUGUUACUCCCUCCAGCUGGUAUCGGUCGACUAUGGGGCCGCCGAGCGGCGCUGUGAAGAACUCAACUCGACACUGGCCGUGCCGCGCACUGCGGCAGAGAACCUGUGCACCGCCGGCCUGUCGGGCGGCCGGCGAGUCUGGCUGGGAGUGACCGACCGGCACUCCGAGGGCCGGUUCGAGGCGGAGGACGGCACCCCGCUCGGGCUUCUGCACGGCCACAGGUGGGCGGCCACCCAGCCCGACGAUUACCGCGGCGUGGACCCCGAAGGAGAGGACUGUCUGGAGAUGGUGGCUGCCACCACCGACUUUGGCGCCUGGAACGACGAGAGCUGCCGGUCACAGCUGCUGCCACUGUGCCAGCUGCGUGACUAGGCGCCGACUAACAGGGGGCUAGGUGGUGUGUAUGCUGUAUACACUUGGCAGGGCUCUGUCGCCAUACGAAGUACGCUGUGAUUAGUGGCUGAUAUGCCAGCCAAGUGAGAUUGCUUAUCAGAAGCUUGUUCUUAGUUUGCAUGCAUGGCGAGGAAAAGUGCUCCUUUUAUACGACUCAAAGUCACCCCUUCAAGAUCUUACCGAUGAGUGGAUUGGUGUUUUAUUGGCUGUUAAUGCAUGCAGGUGUGUCUCUAAGCGCCAGCACCAUUGGGGUGCGUCAUAUCGUGUUUCUGUAAAUAUUUGUAAAGGUGUGAUACAUUUCACCGCGGCGAGGUGGUUUGGCCUGAACUUGCAUAUCUAUAAAACUAGAGUCAUGCGUCAUUUUUUAGGCAAUAAUAGUCAGCACAUUUUUAACUUUCAAUGAUAUAACUUUCCAGGUCAAGCCACCGUACUCAAGUUCAUCCCCAGUCCUUUUCUCGAUUGAAUUACGCGCCAUAAUAAUCCAAAUCAAUAAAAUACCCUGUCUAAGUAAGUCGUCCUGAACCAGCGACGCAUGCCUCAACCUGAAUUUUGUUCUUCCCCUCACGUUCGUUUUUGAAGGAUGCUUGACUUGAACGUAUUUGGCUGCUUCAUUUGGUGUACGCUCUAUGAUUAUGAAUGAUAAUAAACACGUUCACCAUGUC